CUCCCCGCCCCGCGAUCCGCUGCGUUUCGCUUCCCCGGCAGCUCCCGCAGUCGGGCUGGGGCUCCACGCAGGGACCCCCGCCCAGUCCUCCUCCAGGCCGACCCCAAGCCGGCGGAGAGACAGGGCCCCGAGGCAGGGUCCAUAUCCCCUGGGACACUCUCUGGUCCCCCCAGUGUUAAUCCACCUUGCCCCUGGCUCACCUAAGUUCUUCAGGCCCCAGGAUGCUGUAGAGGCCAGAUGUGGGCGCCUCAGGAGGCGCAGAGCCGGGAGCCAGGGCAAGUUUGAGGAGCACCAAAUACUGAAUCUGAAACCGGCUGUGGGGGCGGGGCCUCGAGGAACUCAGCCUCACCAGAGCCCAGGAGCCAGAGAACAGUCUUCUGGGGUCCUGACCCUCCUCCCACCUGCUGGGCAAGGUCAGGGACUGAGGGGAUGAGGAGAGCUCUGCAGACUUGUGGUCCUCCAGGCUUCUGGCUGUAGUGCCGCUCGCCCAUUCUGCACCUGGCCCCAUUGGUUGCAGGCCUCUGCAAUGUCGCCGCCUCUGAAGCCCCUCCUUCUCCUGGCCCUUGGCCUGGGACUGGCUGCAGCCCUCAACCACAGUGACCCCAACGCCUGCAGCAUCUGGGAAAGCUUCACCACCACCACCAAGGAAUCUUACUCCCGCCCCUUCAGCCUGCUCCCUUCAGAGCCCUGUGAUCGGCCUUGGGAGAACCCCCACACCUGUCCCCAGCCCACUGUCGUCUACCGGACUGUGUACCGUCAGGUAGUGAAGACAGAUCACCGUCGGCGCCUGCAGUGCUGCCAGGGCUACUACGAGAGCAACAGGGCCUGUGUCCCACUUUGUGACAAGGAGUGUGUCCACGGCCGCUGUGUGGCGCCCAAUCAGUGCCAGUGUGUCCCAGGUUGGCGGGGCGAUGACUGCUCCAGUGCAUGUUCCCCAGAAGUGUGGGGGCCACAGUGUGACAAGCCCUGCAGCUGUGGUAACAGCAGCUCCUGUGACCCCAAGAGUGGGAAUUGUUACUGCCCCUCGGGCUUGCAACCCCCCAACUGCCUUCGGCCUUGCACCCCUGGGUACUAUGGCCCUGGCUGCCAGUUCAUCUGCCAGUGCCACGGGGCACCUUGUGACCCUCGGACUGGAGCCUGCUUCUGCCCCACGGAGAGAACUGGGCCCAACAGCUGUGAGGUGCCCUGUCGCCAGGGCACCGCUGGUUUCUUCUGCCCCAGCACCUGUCCUUGCCACAAUGGAGGUGUCUGCCCACCCUCCCAGAACACCUGCAGCUGCCCACCUGGCUGGAUGGGCACCAUCUGUUCCCUGCCCUGCCCCGAGGGCUUCCACGGACCCAACUGCUCCCAGGAAUGUCGCUGUCACAACGGCGGCCGCUGCGAACGAUUCACUGGGCAGUGCCGCUGCGCUCCGGGCUACACAGGGGAUCGGUGCCGCGAGGAGUGCCCCGUGGGCCGCUUCGGGCAGGACUGCGCGGAGACGUGCGACUGCGCCCCCGGGGCCCGCUGCUUCCCCGCCAACGGCGCGUGUCUGUGCGAACACGGCUUCAGCGGGGACCGCUGCGCCGAGCGUCUCUGCCCUGACGACUUCUACGGCCCCAGCUGUCGGGAAUCCUGCACCUGCGACCCGGAGCACAGCCUCAGCUGCCACCCGAUGAACGGGGAGUGCUCGUGCCUGCCGGGCUGGGCCGGCCUCCACUGCAACGAGAGCUGCCCUCAGGACACGCACGGGCCUGGCUGCCAGGAGCACUGUCUCUGCCUGCACGGCGGCGUCUGCCAGGCCGACAGCGGCCUCUGCCGGUGCGCGCCCGGCUACACGGGCCCGCACUGCGCUAGCCUCUGCCCCCCCGACACUUUUGGGGUCAACUGCUCAUCGCGCUGCGCCUGCGAAAACGCCAUCGCCUGCUCGCCGGUCGACGGCGCGUGCAUCUGCAAGGAAGGUUGGCAGCGUGGUAACUGUUCUGUGCCCUGCCCACCCGGCACCUGGGGCUUUGGUUGCAACGCCAGCUGCCAGUGUGCCCAUGGGGCAGUCUGCAGCCCCCAAACUGGAGCCUGUACCUGCACUCCUGGGUGGCAUGGGGCCCACUGCCAGCUGUCCUGCUCGAAGGGGCAGUUUGGCAGAGGCUGUGCCAAUCGCUGUGACUGUGACCAUGCUGAUGGCUGUGAACCCAUUCACGGACACUGCCAGUGCCAGGCUGGCUGGGCAGGCAUCCACUGCCACCUGCCUUGCCCUGUGGGCUUCUGGGGAGCGAACUGCAGCAACACUUGCACCUGCAAGAAUGGGGGCACCUGCAACCCUGAGAAUGGCAAUUGCUUGUGUGUACCUGGAUUCCGAGGCCACUCCUGCCAGAGAUCCUGUCCUCCUGGCCACUAUGGCAAACGCUGCCAGCCCUGCAAGUGUGCUAACCACUCCUCCUGCCACCCCUCAAAUGGGACCUGCUACUGCUUGGCCGGCUGGACAGGCCCCGACUGCUCUCAACUGUGCCCCUCAGGACACUGGGGAGCCAACUGUGCCCAGCUCUGCCAGUGUCGCCAUGGCGGGACCUGCCACCCUCAGGAUGGGAGAUGUAUCUGUCCCCCAGGCUGGACUGGACACCUCUGCUUGGAAGGCUGCCCUCCAGGGAUGUUUGGUGCCAACUGCUCCCAGCCGUGCCAGUGUGGACCUGGAGAGAGGUGUCACCUGGAGACCGGGGCCUGUGUAUGUCCCCCGGGCCACAGCGGUGCCCCCUGCAGGAUCGGAAGCCAGGAGCCCUUCACCAUGAUGCCUACCUCUCCAGUGGCCUAUAACUCUCUCGGGGCAGUGAUUGGCAUUGCAGUGCUGGGGUCCCUGGUGGUGGCACUGGUGGCGCUCUUCAUUGGCUACCGCCAUUGGCAAAAAGGCAAGGAGCACCAACAUCUGGCGGUGGCCUACAGCACUGGGAGAAUGGAUGGCUCUGAGUAUGUCAUGCCAGAUGUCCCUCCGAGCUACAGUCACUACUAUUCCAACCCCAGCUACCACACCCUGUCCCAGUGCUCACCUAACCCUCCACCCCCUAACAAGGUUCCAGGCAGUCAGCUCUUUGCCAGCCUCCAAGUCCCCGAGCGGCCAGGUGGAGGCCAUGGGCAUGAUAACCAUGCCACCCUGCCUGCUGACUGGAAGCACCGCCGGGAGCCCCCUCCAGGGCCUCUGGACAGAGGUAGCAGCCUCCCGGACCGAAGCUACAGCUAUACUUACAGCAAUAGUAAUGGCCUAGGCCAGUUCUACAGUAAAGGGCCGAUCUCUGAGGAGGGGCUGGGGGCCAGUGUCGCCUCCUUGAGCAGUGAGAACCCCUACGCCACCAUCCGGGACCUGCCCAACCUGCUCGGGGGUCCCCGGGAGAGCAGCUAUGUGGAGAUGAAAGGCUCUCUCCCCAGGCAGCCUCCUCAACUCCGGGACAGCCAGAGGCGGCGACAUCCCCAGCCACAGAGAGACAGUGGCACCUACGAGCAGCCCAGUCCCCUGACCCACGACCGAGAUUCUGUGGGCCCCCAGCCCCCCCUGCCUCCGGGCCUGCCCCCUGGUCACUACGACUCACCCAAGAACAGCCACAUCCCUGGACACUAUGACUUGCCUCCAGUUCGGCAUCCUCCAUCACCCCCAUUUCGACGUCAGGACCGUUGAGGGACCAAGCUGGUGUGGCAGAGGCCAGCACACAUGCCCUUUGCUGCCCAAGGCUGGGACAGAGCCCGAUGUAACCUGCCAGGAGCAGGGAGUGGACCGGCAGGCCGUGGACAUGCACAUGUUUAUUAGAGGAAGUGAAUGGAGAGGAGAUGGGAGCCUGGCUCCCAGGUUCCAUCAUGGGAGACUGGUCAGCAGGGCCCCAGGGUUCCCUUUCCCCCACCCACUGCUCCCCAAGGCCCCCAGGACCCUGUAUACAUAAACUGGUGGGUUGAAUGUUGCUGGAUGACUCUGUGAUUGAUCUCACAAAUAUGUAUUGGGCAUCUUUUCUGUGCAUGCCCCAGGCUGGGCUGUGUGUGUGAGUGUACAUGUGUGGUUUCAAACGGGGACCAGGCACAGGUCCUGACCUUUUAGUGGAAGGCAGCCCAAGCCCAGUUAACUCUAUCAAUAGCCUCCUAACUGGUCGUCCUGAGACCACGUGGUACCCCUUCCAAUCCACUGUUGAAAAUACAAGCUGAAAAUCUUCAUUGGUGCCUCACUGCUCUUGGGCCAGAGUCAAAAGUUAUCAAGGUCUUCAGGGCCCUGCUGGCCUGGCCUUCUUCCUUUUUAGUUUCACCUUGAACUGUUCUCCCUGUCACUGCAUUCCACCCACCCAGCCUCUGUCCGCCUCUUUGCCACACUUCCUAUCACAGGCCCUUUGUACAUCUGGAAUGCUCUUCCUCCCCCAUCACUUGUUAACCCUACUUGUCCUUCACAUCUCCUCCAGCCCCCCAAACUCUUUUUCAUAGCACUAAUCACAGCUCUAUUUGUUCGUUCAUCAGAUACCCACAGAAGGCCUACAGGGUGCCAGGCACCACCGGAAUGCUUUUUCUUUAUGUGACUAUUUGAUUAAGCUCUGCCUCCCUGACUGGGCUGUAAAUUCACAGGAAUCCUGUGUUUAUGCUCAACAUUGAUUCCCCUUGGCACACAGUAGACACUCAAUAAAGGUUCCCCAAAAGAU